AUGGAGAAAAAAUCGAGCUGGGAAAAUAAAUUCGAUGGUGACACUAAACUAAUUCGACAUGCUUCAUUCAUUGAGAUCCUACGAUAUGCUGAACGACGUGAUUACAUCUUGCUUGCGUUUGGUAUCACAUUAUCACUAGUGAACGGAGCCAUAUCACCAGUUAGCUCUGUCUUCUUCAGGGGAAUGACAGAUGCAUUAAUAGCUGGUCAAGUAAGUCUUAAAAAUGGUACCUUCAAUAUGGAGGUAUAUACACACUCGGUGAUUACUUAUGUGUACUUUUAUGCAAUACUUGCUACUCUUCUAUUUUUGAUCAGAUUCUCUUCGAUGAGUUGCUUCUUUACUCUAAGUGAACGUCAAGCUCAUGAAAUUCGAAAAAGAUUUUUUGCUGCAUUGCUAAGGCAACAAAUGGCUUGGUAUGAUAAAAAUGAAGCUGGCGUACUUACUAAUAAAUUAUCAGCUGGAAUAGAUCGAAUCAAGGAUGGUAUAGGAGACAAAUUUGGUAUUCUUUUGCAAGCUUCUACACAUUUUAUCUUUGGCAUUAUCAUCGGUCUCUACUAUAGCUGGAAUAUGACUUUAUUGAUACUGCUUGCUGCACCAUUUAUUAUAAUACUGUUGUUUGGAUCAGUUAAGGCGCUAUCAACAAUGACACGUCGAGAAAUGCGCGCAUAUGACAAAGCGGGCGCUGUUGCUAAUGAAGUUAUCAGUAACAUUCGAACAGUUACCUCUUUCAAUGCACAGUAUGCUGAAGUUGUGAGAUACAGAGAUCGUCUGAAUUAUGCGCAAAAAAUUGGUAUAAAAGGAGUGCUUAUUACUGGUAUUUUCAUGGGUUUUUAUAUUUUUGUUAUCUUUGGUUCUAUGGGAUUUGUUUUCUGGUAUGGUACAAAUUUGGUGACCGAAGGUAAAAUUACGCCAGGCACUGUAUUUGCGGUAUUUUGGGCUAUAAUGAUUGGCGCAAUUCAUUUAGGUCAAGCAAUACCGCAACUUGGUGUUUUCACUGCUGCAAAACUUGCUGCUGGAGAAAUAUUUGAAAUUAUUGACUUGGAACCAAAUAUCAAUUGUAUGUCACCGCAUGGAUUAAUUCCAUCACAUGUGGAAGGUCGAAUCGAACUUAAUAAUAUCAAUUUCUGGUAUCCAAGUCGGCCGAAUGUUAAAAUUUUGCAUAACACAUCAUUUACGGUGAAUGCAGGUAGUACGGUUGCUUUGGUUGGACAUAGCGGUUGCGGUAAAUCAACUAUAAUCGAAUUAUUAUUAAGAUUCUAUGAACAGCAAGCAGGAAUAAUUACUCUUGACGGUGUACCAAUUAGAGAUUUGAAUAUUGAAUGGUUACGUAAUAAAAUUGGAUUUGUUUCACAAGAACCGGUAAUAUUUGCUGCAACAGUGGAGGAGAAUUUAAAAUUGGGCAAUGAAGCAUUGACCGAGAUUGAAUUAAUCGAAGCCUGUAGAAUUGCAAAUGCUCAUGAUUUCAUAAUGAAAUUACCAAAAGGCUACAAGACAUUAAUCGGUGUUGGUGGUAUACAGUUAUCCGGUGGUCAAAAACAACGAAUUGCUAUUGCUCGAGUUUUAGUUCGUGAUCCGAAAAUUUUGCUAUUCGAUGAAGCAACUAGUGCAUUGGAUUCGGAAAGUGAAGUUGCUGUACAGAUGGCACUUGAUCGGGUACGAGCUGGACGUACCACAAUAACAAUAGCACAUCGUUUGUCAACAAUACGUAAUGCUGAUCAAAUUAUUGUUUUCAAAAAUGGUAAAAUCAUAGAAAGUGGUUUACAUGAUGAACUAAUAGCGCUGGAUGGAAUUUAUCGGCAAAAUGUACAAGCACAGGAAAUAGGAAGAGGAGAUGUUGAAUUUGUGGAUAGUGAUGAGUCAUCCUUGUCAUAUCAGUUUGAAAACAAUGAGAGGAUAGAUGAAGAAAGUGAUAGUAAUAGAAUCAGCAAAUGGCUUCAUCGAAACGAAUACUUUCGAAAAUCAAAUGCUUCUUCAAAAUCACAUAUCAGUGAAAUAGAUUGUGAAAAUGAGAAGAUUUCUUACAAAGAUAUUAGUGAUAAAGUUAAAAAUGCAUCGAUUUUCGAUAUUUUAAAGUUUGCCGGGAAGGAAUUACCGAUCAUUGCUGUGGCUUUAAUAUUUACAAUAUUGAGAGGUUUAUCAUGGCCGAUUUUCUCUAUUAUCUACGGUCGGACAUUCUUGGCUCUGUCCUCGUUGGACAAUGAUAAAAUGAUAAAAGACACUGCACUGAAUGCAAUAUUAUACCUUAUUUUGGGUAUUGUUGGUGGAUUUUCGACAUUUUCUUCUGGCACUCUGUUUGGUAUUGCUGGUGAAAAAAUCUCAGUGAGACUUCGCAUUGCAGUUUUCACGAAUAUCUUACGACAAGAUUCUUCAUUCUUCGACAGCGAACAUCAUUCAAUCGGAAAAUUAACAACACUUCUGGCAACUGAUGCUCAAAAUAUCAAAGCUGCAAUCGAUCAACGAUUGGCGGAACUGUUACAAGGAAUUGUUUCACUUUGCGCCGGUAUAAUUGUAGCAUUUUCAUUUAGUUGGAAAAUGGCAUCUAUUGGUGUUAUUAUUUGUGCAACUUUUGUCAUUUUGCAAACUUCUCUUUCGCAUUAUCUCAAAAUUCAGGGCCAAAAGGAUGCUAAAAUAGCUGAAAGAGCUACUAGUUUAGCUUCCGAAUCAAUCGAAAAUAUCCGAACUGUGCAGUAUUUAACUAUGCAACCGAAAAUAUAUGAAUCGUAUUGCUUUUCAUUACAGGAACCUCAUAAACGAGCGGUUAUUCGAGGUUUUUGGCAAGCAUUGAGUUACGCACUGUCCAAUAGUUUUGUUCAGUCCAACUUUGCCAUUUCCUAUCUUUUUGGUCUUUGGUUGGUACGGAAUUCAUGGUCUGAACCAUACAUUGUUUUUCAGGUAAUUGAAGCAUUAAAUAUGGCAUCACUUACUGCACUUGCGGCAGCAUCAUUUUUAUCGGAAUACGUUCGAGCUCGCAUUUCAGCAAGUCUAACAUUCCAUAUCAAAAAUCAAAUUCCACUUAUAGAUAAUUUAUCUGAAGCUGGUAGUUUAUCUGAACAGACAAUUAAAGGAAACAUUUAUCUGAAGGAUGUUUGUUUCGUAUAUCCAAUGUUUCGUCAAAAUUCUAUUCUCAGAAAAUUUUCCAUGUCUGCAACGUAUGGUCAAACGGUAGCACUAAUAGGACCAAGUGGUUGUGGCAAAAGUACGGUGAUUAAAUUGCUGGAACGAUUUUAUGAUGUUACUGAUGGUGUUUUGUUUAUCGAUGGUCACGAUAUCAAAAGUUAUAAUAUUCGAUAUCUUCGAUCACAUAUUGCAUUGGUAGACCAAGAACCAACAUUAUUUAAUGUAAGUAUUCGAGACAAUAUUGCAUAUGGCUUGGAUGAUGCAUCACAGGAACAAAUUGAAGCAGCUGCGAAAUUAGUCAAUAUUCACAGUUUUGUUGUCACUUUACCGCAGGGUUACGAUACAAUUGUUGGCUCAAAAGGAAGUCAUUUGUCAGGUGGUCAAAAACAACGGAUUGCAAUUGCAAGAGCAAUUAUAAGAAAUCCAAAAAUACUUCUUCUUGAUGAAGCUACUAGCGCUUUGGAUAGUGAAAAUGAAAAAAUGGUACAAGAAGCACUGGAGACAGCACGUCGUGGUCGAACCUGUGUUGUGAUCGCUCAUCGUUUGAAAACAAUUCAAAAUGCUGAUUUAAUAAUUGUUUUAAAAGAUGGUCAAGUUGUAGAAUGUGGUAAUCACAUUCAGCUAUUAGCUCAAAAAGGCUUGUACUGUUAUCUGAUUGAAAAACAAAAGGUACUGUAA